AUGAGCGGCGUUCGCCACCACCUCGGACUGCUGCUCCUGGCCGAAGCCGUGCUGGGCGCCGCCGCCACACGGUUUCAAGAUGUGUUGAGCCAUGGAAGCACUUCUGUCACAUCCUACAAGAAGAUACAAGGAUGGUCUAGUGAUCAAAAUAAAUGGAAUGAAAAGCUUUAUCCUUUCUGGGAAGAAGGAGACCCCAGAUGGGAGGACUGCUGGAAAGGCGGAAGGGUGACAGCCAAAUUGGACAGUGACAGCCCAGCACUGGUAGGAUCCAACGUGACCUUUGUCGUGGCUCUCCAGUUUCCCAAGUGCCAGACAGAAGAUAUUGAUGGCAACAUAGUUUACAGGAGAAACUGCAGCCAAGAUCCUCCAGCUCCCCUGGAUCAGCAAGUCUACGUCUACAACUGGACUGAAUGGACUGACAACUGUGGCUGGGAAAACUGCACAAGCAACCACAGCCAUAAUGUAUUCCCAGAUGGCCGUCCUUUCCCUCAUUACCCUGGCUGGAGGAGAAGGAACUUUGUCUACGUGUUUCACACUUUUGGUCAGUAUUACCAAACAACGGGACGAUCUUCAGCAAAGUUUUCAGUCAACACAACAAAUAUCACUCUUGGCGAACACGGGAUGGCAGUGUCCAUUUACAGGAGAGGGCACUCGGGAUUCGUUCCGAUUGCAAGAGCAAAAACCGCCUACUCUGUAACAGACAAAAUUCCAUUAUUUGUGAGUAUGUUCCAAAAACAUGACCGCAACAUCUCAGACUCUAUUUUCAUCAAAGACUCACCAAUUACAUUUGAUGUCAAGAUCCAUGAUCCCAGCCACUACCUGAAUAAUUCCGCCAUCUCCUACAAGUGGAACUUCGGAGAUGGAAGUGGCGUAUUUGUAGCCAGCGGUUCUAGUACAUCUCACACCUUCACUCUGCAAGGAAACUUCACUCUGAAUUUAACUGUCCAAGCCAUUAUACCUGUACCUUGUAGGCCAGUAACACCCACCGCACCACCGCCCACCUCAGCAGUUACAACCGGGCCAUCUUCUGAUUCUGACUCUUCUCCCAGUGUCGAGUCAGUGGAGGAUAAUCCUGAUGGAGGUUGCCAUAUUUACAGAAAUGGAUACUAUGAAAGUAGUAUUGGUGUUGUAGAGGGAAUCCUUGAGGUAAAUAUUAUUCAGAUGACAAGCAUCCAGAUGACAGGAAGUCAAGCUGAAAACUCACUGAUUGACUUUGUUGUUACCUGCCAAGGGAGUCUCCCCACAGAUGUCUGCACGGUAGUUUCUGACCCCACGUGCCAGGUGUCCAAGAGCGUGGUGUGUGACCCCAUCGUCGUCACGGAUGAAUGUUUACUCACCAUCAGGAGAGCUUUUGAGGAACCUGGGACAUACUGUAUAAACAUCACCCUGGGUGAUGACACGAGUCAAGCCCUUGCCAGUGCCCUGAUUUCUGUAAAUGGGGGAGCAUCAUCUGGAACAACAGAAGGUGUCUUUAUCUUCCUUGGCUUGUUGGCAGUGUUUGCUACCAUCGGGGCAUUUGUCCUUUACAAGAGAUACAAGGAAUACAAGCCUAUUGAGAAGAGUGCAGAACAAACAGAGAAGCAGGAGGGAUUUACUGCUUACUUCAGCACUUUCAAAGCCAUUUUCUUCCCUAAUAGCACUGAGAGAAAUCCUCUGCUGAAGAGUAAACCAGGCAUUGUGUAAACUUUUAGUGUAACACUGACUAUUAGAUUAAGUACAGGAGUUGCAUCUGAACUGUACUUUAAUGGGGCUUUCUUGUUGUUAUUAAAAAACCCCAGGGAGUAAGGUGAAAGCACAUAUAGAUGGGAUGGUAACUUUGGGGGCUUGGUGCAAUUAGCAACGUUAAAGUAGUCCUUUGUAGAAAAACAAGGAGGUAGUUUUAAGCACUUGCUGCUCUUGCUCAAGACUAGGAUACACUCUUCUGAAUUACUAAUACCCCCCACCCCCACACCCUUAUAUGGCUUUUCUUAUUUCUAGGUUAACAACCUGCAAAAAUAAUCACAUCCAUAAUCUGAAAGGGGGGGAAAAAGGUUAAUUAAAAAAAAAAAAAUACAAAAAUCCCCAACAACCAACCAACUUGUAAACACUUAGUUUUUAUUGCUACUUACUGCUUUAGCAGGAUUCAUGUCUUUACUGUAAAGAGAGACACGGGGGGCAGGCACGUGUUAUGUCUGUGGAAUGAAACGUGCCAUGGCCUAUUCCCAGGCAUUGGCAUUGAACUGCUGCCACUGUUACACUGUUCAGGAGGUCCUAGCACAGACUUGCCCCAGGCGGGCCAGCUCCCCACCAAGCAAACCCUAAAUUCUGGGAACCAUCAGAGGCACAGCUCCCCACUGGGAAGUUUGGCAGCAGCCACCCUGUUUUUCAGGGUUCAAUAGCAUGGGUGCAGUUCAUUAAAUGCC